AUGAAAUUAAGAUUACUUAUAUUUUUUUUUGGGUGUGCUUUUGCAAAUGAAAUUCCUAAAGAAUUUAGUGAAUCUACUCACACAAACAAUUGGGCUGUGCUUGUUGAUACAUCUCGUUUUUGGUUCAACUAUCGUCAUGUAGCCAAUGUUCUGUCCAUCUACAGAAGUGUAAAACGUUUGGGAAUACCAGACAGUAGGAUAAUAUUAAUGAUUGCUGAUGAUAUGGCUUGUAACCCUAGAAAUCCAAGACCUGCUACAGUUUUUAAUAAUGCAAACAGAAGAAUGAAUGUUUACGGGGAUGAUGUUGAAGUUGAUUACAGAGGUUAUGAAGUAACAGUUGAAAAUUUUGUAAGGCUUUUAACCGGAAGACUUCCACCUGAAACUCCUAGAUCCAAACAGUUAUUAACAGAUGAAGGAAGUAAUAUUUUGAUUUAUUUAACUGGGCAUGGAGGAGAUGGCUUUUUAAAAUUUCAAGACUCCGAAGAAAUUACUAGUCAAGAAUUAGCUGAUGCUUUAGAACAAAUGUGGCAAAAAAGAAGAUAUCAUGAAUUAUUUUUCAUGAUUGAUACAUGUCAAGCUGCUUCGAUGUAUGAAAAAUUUUAUUCUCCAAAUGUUUUAGCUGUAGCUAGCAGUUUAGUGGGAGAAGAUUCUUUGUCCCAUCAUAUGGACUUAGCCAUUGGUGUUUACAUAAUUGAUAGGUAUACUUAUUAUGCUUUAGAAUUUUUAGAGCGUGUUGAUCAACACAGUGAAAAAACUAUUGAUGAUUUUUUGAAAGUGUGUCCACAAGUUGCAUGCAUUUCAACAGUGGGUGUUAGAAAAGAUUUAUUUUUAAGAAAUACUAAGAAAGUGCCUAUAACAGACUUUUUCGGAUCAGUUCGCCCAGUGGAACUAACAAAUAAAACAAUUAAAUUAAUUCAGCCACUUCAAAAUGUAACAAUUUCAAAGAAAUCAGAUGAUACACCUUCAGUGCAAUAUCACUAUGUUCAACAGUUUCCAUUAAUAAAUAUAAAAACCUAA